AUGGAUCACUUUACCAAAAAUCCCAAUAUAGAAUUUACUGAUGAUUCUGAGAACGUUUUAGAGGGAUCUGAUCAAAUUAAUAUAUUGGAAGUCUCAACUCCAAAAGAAUCAACUACACCUAUUCCAUUAGUCAAUAUUUCUAAUUCUUCUGAUAAUUUUAAGGAAGAGGUAUGGUUUGAUGAAAAUAUGUUUUUCAAUGAAACGAAUUUCACUAAAGUGAACACCACCACUUCAGACAAUGACGAUGUGUAUUUUGAUGAGGCAAAUGAAGAGGUGAAAAUCGAUAUCGAUAAUAACAGUAAUGAAGAGUUUUCUAAUCUUGUCUUGAAUAACGAUAAAACAAAAAAUGCAACUGUGAUCCAGCUUCAAGAAAAGGUUGAAGAUUUUUGGGAUAAAAAGCUACCAAAGAGAGGUUGUACUCAUGUCAUCAUUAAUUUGCCACUUUUGGUCAAGAGGUAA